AAAAUAAACCGAGAAAACCCUGCUACCUUGGAACAGAACGGAGCACGACCGAGUUUGUUUAUAGUCGCGUUAGCAGCAGAGCUAGUAGAUGGCUAGCUAGCUGGGUAGCGCAGGGAGGUAACGUUACCUUGUCAACUAGCGUCAACUGAAACUGCAGAGGCUAACAGCUAGGAAAUACAGGCCGGACACGAGCUAGGUUUGACCAGUCAUUGUCAGACCCAGCUGGAGCAACAACAAUGUCGCUUUCGACCGAAGCUCAUUUUGCGGCUAACCAAAGCUUCAGCGAUAAAGGACAGACUAUAUGUGUGGUGCCAGACCUCUCCUCUGAUCUCCUGGAAGAUGACUUUGACAUGAACAAGUCCUACCCAUGUACUCGGAGGCCAUUGUACAAGAAAAGGCUUUUGGCAUUGCAACGUCGUUAUUAUCCUGGCUCUUUGACAGGGGAUCAUUUGGAUGUUUGCACGUCUGUGGCACAAAGAAAUCACCAAAUCUCUAACUUACUUUAUGGCUCCCCGGUUUUUGCUGAGUCCCUGCCACGCCCGUUCACCAUGUCAGAGAAAGAGGAGAGCCUCUUCAGUCAGCUAAUCUCUGGAGAUUUUGGCCUACCGGGAAAUCCAGCUGCCAUCAACCCAAACAAAGUCAUUCUUACUGUCAAUAAGAAAACCAGAGAGAUUUUGUCAGUCAAUGAAGAAGCAUGCAAACUGUUUGAGUGCACCACUAAUGAGCUGAUUGGGAAGAAGCUGUCCGCUAUCUUAAAGAAAACCAGUCAAGUCUUGGAAGAAGCACUGGAAGAAGAUUUUCCACUAUCAGAUGGAACUAUUGCAGCAGUUUCUGGAAAAGUGUUGGAUGCUGUGACAUUAUCUGGAGAAGUGCCAGUGUCUGUGUGUACACACAGCCAGUCACAAAAUGAAGAGGACUGGAUUCUCAUGAUGGAAAAUGUGGAAAGGGUAUCAGCCUUUUUGUCCUUUUCACAAGAUGGCAGGAUCCUAACCUGUGACUUGGCAUUUGCCCAUCUCCAUGGAUACCACCAUCCUGAGGAGUUGAAAGGAGCGUAUGUUAAGGAGCUAAUCCCCUCUUUACAAAUCCCUCUCCGCAGUUAUGCAUUGCCCAAAAUGCUCAGGGUUCAGAGAGUGUGUGGUAAAAGCAGAGAAGGUGCAUCAGUCCCUCUGUGUGUCAAACUUCAGGGGGCAGUAGUGUGUGGAAAACCCCAGCACCUAAACAGUGGGAGUGGGACUGUUUGUACCUGUCCAGCAGAAAGUCUUGAAAUGUCAAAUGGAGAGGAGGUCAAAGUGGACAGCAUUGUCCUCUCCCCCAGCCCAGCACUGGAGUACUGUGGAACGGUUUGGGUGUUUGCUCCUGUGAGCGGCCUCCUCCUGCUCCACCCUGACGGCUCAAUCUUCAGCAUUCACGACCAUGUGGCGCUCAGUCUGUUUGGCUACAGCAAGGACGAGCUGCUGGGAAAGAAUGUCACUUUCCUGAUGCCUGGUUUCUAUGGAUGGAUGUCAGACGGAAAGGCCAGCCCCUUCUCUGAUUCUCAUGUAGACGCUGGUAGAAGUCCAGCCUCAUCCAAAAAGUCAGGAAGAUCUGACCCUUCCUUGCUUGUGGCGGGAGACAUGGCCAUGGUGCGUCAGGCUAUCCUGGGAAGGACCUCAACAGGGAGAGGCAGAAUCUUCACUGGAACCAGCACCAGGCUGGAGAAACAAGGCAGCGCUCUGUCUACUCUCUCUCCUCCGGCACUUACCUCCACACGUGUGGUUAUGGCCAAUGACACUACAGAGCUGAUGGAGGAAGCGGCCCAGGUGGCUCCCUGUAGUAGCCAGCUAGAUAGUGCCGAUACCACCCAGGCACUCCUCCAGACAUUUGCCUGGGUGGAGCCUCCUGGAGAAGAUACCUGCUGCUUGGUUCUACCUGAGCCAUCACCCCAUAACAGACGACAGCAGCUGGCCAAUGGGGUUCAGAAAAAUGGUGCAUCUGGCAUCCAGGUUAUCUCAGAUGCUUCUGCUCAGAAUAGACAUGCUGUUGGCAAAGUGAGCGGCAAGUCUCCUGAUGUAGGAAAGGACCACCACUCGUGUACCUCUGUCCUCCAAGACUCAAGCUUUGAGGUCAUCUCACUGGAGAGCAGAUCUUCCUCUGGCUUCUGUGAAAAGUUUGCUGGCCAUGCUGGUUCUGAUCCAGCCCAGGCGGAGGACUGUCAUUCAGCACAUAUAUUCGACUCAGCCAGCUGUUUCCUGGACCUCAACAGCAAUGGUGAUCUGGUAACCCGGGCCCUAGCUGACCUUGACCUCAGCAGUAGCAUUGAGGUGCUCACUCGCAGAGAGCACAACGAUGACAACCAACACUCCAUGACUUCUUGUGAUACAGCCGAGCUCCUGCGUACACCCUCCCCGUGCAUGGUGGAGUCUGACCAGGAAGCAGAGCCUGUUGACAUUCGGGAUUCUGCUGUUAAAGCCAGAAACGGCGCCAGCGAAGAGCUAGAAAAGCAGCAGGGCGAGCAGGAUCAGUGGGCAGCUCUCUCUGCGAUUCAUAAAGGAAAGAGCCAAGAGUGCUGUGUACAAAUUAAUAGUGAGAUUCAGCCAAUGGAAGACGUUCCCGCCACGUCGACUCCUAAAAAGCGGAACGUGAAUGGACACAGACUGUCCUCAGACACCACACAGAUACUCGAGGGGAAAAUCCAAGGAAGUGGAUACCACAGAGAUGGCACAAGAGUUGAUGUGCAGUGUGAUGUGUGCAGGACCAACCUUCCUGAUGGAGGCUUCAUGUUCUGUGUGUGGAUGAGUCGGCCCGGCCAGCAGGGGGCACUGCUGCAAACAGAUCGAUCCCUGCAAAAUCUAUCAGCAGCCAGUCCAGGAGAGAGGAUUGGUGAGGCCAGUCCAGGUGAAGCAUUGCGCUCCACCAUGGACCUCGAGCAGUCUCGAGCCUGUGACGGGCAGUUUGCAGAAGAGUACCAGCCACUCAAAGCUGUGGGUAAAGGAGCUUUUGGUUUUGUCUGGAAGGCAGUAAGGCACUGUGAUGGACAAGAAGUGAUUGUGAAGUUCAUUAGCAAGACCCGAAUAGUGAGUGACUGCUGGGUGGAUGACCCCAUGUUGGGACGAGUGAGCCAGGAGGUUGCCAUACUGACACGAGUGCAGCACCACAACAUUGUCAAGGUGCUGGAGGUGUUUGAGAAUGGGAGUUAUUUUCAGAUGGUGAUGGAGAAACACGGAGAUGGUUUGGACCUUUUUGAAUUUAUAGACAUGCAGCCACGGCUGGAUGAGCCUCUGGCCAGCUACAUCUUUAGACAGCUGGUUGCUGCUGUUUUCUAUCUGAGGAGUAAAAACAUCCUUCACAGAGACAUAAAAGAUGAGAACAUCAUAAUCGACAAGUGUUUUCACAUCCGACUGAUAGACUUUGGCUCUGCUGCCAUGAUGGCUCCCGGGAAGCUCUUCUACAAUUUCUGUGGCACACUGGAAUAUUGCUCCCCGGAGGUGCUUCAGGGAAAUCCCUAUGAAGGUCCAGAGCUGGAGAUGUGGUCUCUGGGAGUUUUGCUCUACACUCUGCUGUUCAGUGAGAACCCAUUCUGUGGUGUGGGCGAGAUCCUGGAUGCCAAACUAAACCCUCCCUUCCGUCUCUCUCCAGAACUGCAUGGUGUGUUACGUGGACUGCUGCACCGUGAUCCCACUAAGAGAAUGACUUUAGACCAGCUGCUGCUGCAGUCCUGGAUCAGCCAGCCCAUUUCUCUUGCAGAAUACAGCUGGGCAGAGGUGGUUCCUGACACUCAGAGCAUCUGCUCACCACAGUAUCAAGAACCCAGUCCUAAAGUGUACAUCAAACAAGGCUUGUUCCCAGAUGACGCUGAUGAGACGUUGCCUGAGGAUGAGGACGAGGUGGAAGAUGAGGACGAGAGGAUGUCAAUGGUGGCCCUGGAGUCUGAGCUGCAGAAGUACCUCCAUGAGGACUGAAAAUUGCAUUUUGACGAGAGUAAAGCCCAAACUAUCCAUCCAACAUUUAUUCUGCAGGAGUCAACACGGAUAUGAACAGCACAAUAAGAAACAGGAAGCUGAGUCAGAAAUAGAACCCGACUGUCGAGACCAAAUCAUUCAGACAAAUGGACUUUUGCCUUUGUCACCACUGAUCAGUCAUCAUGUGCCUGUUGACAGAUUUCUCAAAGCAGCAGAAGAAGGCAAAUACAAUUUGGUGUAUCUGCAGAAAUGUAUCAUUUAUUUAAUCUGCUUUAUUUAUUCUUUGCAUUUUAGGCAUAGUUGAAGCAGCACAAUUAUAGUGACAGUUAAUGGCUUUGCAACCAAAACCCACAAGUGAGCACAUCCUUUUGCUGUUAACCUCACAAACCUCAGAAAUCAGAUCAAUGGAGUCUUGAUCCACACUUAUUUAACAGAUGGCCUUUUUAUCUUCCCAGUUUUAAUCUUGGAUAUUUUAAUUAAAAGUGUAAGUAUAUUUACAAUAUUUUAUGUAUUUAUUUUUAUACAUUAAUAAAUAUCUCA